GUUCAAUCACGCGAAGUAAAAAAAUGUGAAUUAUUAUCAUAAUUCGAUAUUUAAAAUGCUUGUUCAAAUAACUUUAUUUAAAUUAAAUACAUUUGUAGUUUUUUAAAAUGUAUUCUCAAGUGUGUAGUAAUUGUUUUAAGUGUACAAGUGUAAGAAUGUCGAGUGUUUUUUACGUUUGAACAAUUAAGUUUCAAAGUUUUUUUUUGACGUCUGACGAGUUUUUGUCGCGUUUUUUCCUUGUUGUACAACGUAUCGAUUAUUUUUCAUGAUACGCACCGUAUGGCGGAUACCUAUUCUAUAUAUGUUAUAAACUUUAUUGUUUUCGAUUUAUACAAAAGUUUUGUAAACAUUGCAAAAGUACAAACGGUAACAUGGUUGAACCAGUAAUAUCAGAUUUAGAUCCACUGGGUUCUUAUUCAUAUACACAUUAUAAUUAUAAUCAAUAUACAUCUGGAAAUGGUCAAUAUCCACAUCAAAUAAAAGCAGAACAGUUAACUUAUCUUCAUAGUAAAGAAAGUUCAAAUAUACCAAAUAGUAAUGAAACUAACCAAUCAAAUAAUGUGACAAAAUGGCCAGAUCAAAACACAGAUACAAGCGUUGAUAUCAAGCCAGAGAUAGGUAAAGUAAAAGUGAAAAAGGAGAAGAAGAACGGUUUCGUCUCGGAAAAGAUAACGGAAGACGGUUUUCCGUUUUACGGCUGUGCUGUGUGUAAUAUACGUUAUUCUACACUAAGAGAAUUAGAUUCGCACGUCACUACACACAAAGAUAGAAUAACAAGCUACGAUUUGAGGAUAAAAAACCAGUUGAAGAAGAAAAAACUAAAAAAGGAACAAAAGAAAUUGAAGAAGCUGAAAAAAGAGAAGAAUUUAGAUCCGGAAAUCAAGCCAGAAGAUGGGUAUAUAGGUAACGAAAAGGCAUCAGAAUUUACGAAUAAUAACGAAACGGAAAAGGAAUGUAAGUUCGAUCCUAAUGACAAGAAUGUGAGCAAUGAAUCGUUGGAUGGUGAGAAAAAACAAGAGCUAAUGAAUUUACAGAAAAUUUACAAAUGUUUUGCGUGUCAAAAGCAGUUUUCGUUGAGUUAUUAUUUGAAGCUACAUGUAAGAUCACAUACAGAUGAGAAACCCUACACUUGUGAACAGUGUGGCCAAUCCUUCAUCACGGCAAGCAAACUGGGGAGGCACAACAAGAGGUUUCACCUCUCCGUUCAGUAUCAGUGUAGGAUAUGUUACAGACAGUUUUAUAGGUUCGAACUUUUAACACGGCAUUUUGAUAAAAAACACGCAGAAGACAAAUUGGAAGGAGAGCCUUAUGAUUUCAACGCAAUACUACCGUACCUAAAGGAAUUAGAAGAGCAACUACGCGAGAAACAAGAAGCGGAAAAGGCUAAGCCGAAAACGGAGGAUUUAUGGACCAACGAGUGGCCGAACAUGCCCUCGAAGGACCAAGUGAAGGACCACUCAAAGGACCAAGGACCGGGCCAAGACCAGGAAUGUGCGGAAGUUAAAGCGUGCAAAUUGGAGAUAGAGAUAGAGGAAGUCAAAGUUUCUAUGGACGGGGUGGAGAUUAAACAGGAGAGUGAGGAUCAGAACGACUGUGUCGAUAAUGAUGGGAUUGUUGACGAUGAUGUAAGAGACGAUCUGAGUGUUAAGGAUAACGACUCCGACUCGGACUACUUCCCCUCAAACACUUGGACGUCCAAAAUCGACUCCCCUCCCCCCUCCCCACCGCCCACGACCGGCACAAAGUGUCCCGUGUGCGACAAGCGACUGAGCACCGCGUCGUACAUGCGUGUACACAUGCGCACGCACACGGGCGAGCGGCCGUACAAGUGUUACGUGUGUGGGGUCGGCUUUAUCACCGCUAGCAAGAUGCAUAGACAUGUGCUGACACAUCCAGAAGCUAUUAACGAUGACAAUGUAAAAAAAGAAAAUGUAGAUGCAGAAAUAAAAUGCGAAGGCGAGGAGGAUAGUAAACAGGAAGUGAAAAAGGCUGUGAAGAAGCUUUCCAAAAAGCUAACCGAGAAAAAGACGAAAAAGUACAGAAAGAGGCCGCACGCCUGCGAGUACUGUCACAAGCGGUUCCUGCAUUUGGACACUUUGCAGAUACACAAAAAAUCCCACGAGGGCGAGCAGAUCCAAUACCGCUGCCACUUCUGCCUGCUCGAGGUGCAGUGUGCAACGAGCCUACACGCGCACGAAGCCACGCACGCGGGCCAAGCGCGCCCCUACGUGUGUAGCGUGUGCGGGAAGUGCUACAAGAAGCGGGAGAGCAUGAUAUACCACAGGAAGAACCACAAGCCGGAACGAGAGUAUAUAUGCGAUAUAUGCACCAAAUCGUUCAGCGCUCGAUGUAAACUGCAACGGCAUAUAAUAAGUCAUAGCGUGGAUAAAUAUAUAUUGAAAUACGAGUGUCCUGUCUGUGCGCACAUGUUCAAUACUAAGUAUCAUGUUCAAAUGCAUCUAGCUACGCAUCAGAGGGAGGGCGUCAUCCAAGAAGAGAACCGCAACGAAAUCCUAGCGAUGGUGUUGCAAAACGCGCGAAAAAUACCCAAAAAGGGGGAAACGCACAACCUCUCUGACGUCAUACCCUCAGACGAACGAAGCCGCGUGUGCAACAUAUGCGGCGAAGUUUUCCAACAUUUCUACUAUUUAGAGGAACAUCUCAAAAGUCACGGGUCAAAAAUAGCGAUAGAAAACAUCGAUCAGGAAGAGGAAAAAAAAUAUAUUUGCAAUGUGUGCAAUAAGGGCUUUAAACUGCACUAUUAUUUAAAACUACACAGUUUCACACACACGAAGGAAAAACCGUUUAUCUGUCAGCAGUGUGGAAAGGGCUUUAUCACUAGGGGAAAGUUGAAAAGGCAUUUAGAAACUCACACGGGCUUGAAGAAAUAUCAAUGUCAUAUUUGUUACAAAUUCUUUACGAGGCCGAGUUAUUUGAGAAUUCACGUGCGGACGAUACACGGGACGCAGUUGGUUAGACUCGACUCGUUCGGUUUGGAGUCGCAUAUGCAUGCGUAGGAUGUGUAUAGUUUUGCAUGCAUGCGUGGUCAUGCAUGCAU